AUGCUUCGCCGAAAGCCAACCGCCAUAUCGAUUACCAACGAAGAUGUCGCGUCCUAUGAAGACCGACAGAACGCAGCUGCGGAAGAACUGCGAGCAGAGAUGCAGCGAGCAGCACAAAUGCAGGCCCAGAAAGGCCAGAACGUGAAUCCCAACGAUGGACAUAAGACAAACCCGAUCCGCUGUUACCAGCGCGCUCUCGAUGCUCUUCUUCAUGUCACAUGA